UUCCACCAGACGGCGUGGCUGCUGGACGCUGACGCCACACUCUACGUCGUGAACAGCUUCUCCCUCAACAGCUUCCCCACGGUCGCCGCUGACGUCUCACGUGUCAGGCGCUCACAAAUGUUCCCCCAGUUCGGCUGGAUGGUCACUAGGAAAUACGCCCAGGAAGUCAUUCACUCCUGGGUCGAUAAUUCAAAAACAUCUGUGGACUGGGACUGGUGGCUACACGUUAUGCCUCUUCGUCGGGGACGGCACGCCUUGGUCCCGGAAGUGUCCCGAAGUUUCCACUCUGGUUCGUCUGGAGCUCAUAUUACAGGAUGGGACCAGGCACUCAUAUUCUCUAACAUGAUCUACAACCGCGACCCAGACGUCAAACUAAAUGAUUUACACUUACUGCAGGCAGACGUAUACGCAGACUACAUUUCGAGUGAACUCAAGAGGUCGAAAAUAUUGUCAAUAGAAGACGGAUUUCGUCCCUGCAGCGUGGACACCAUUCCAGCACACAUGCGGCCUGGUCCAGUCGUCGUCCGUCUGGAGGCUAACUCUUACAGCGAUAAGCAUUCGUCGCUUAUGUUAUUCGCCAGGUGCCUACACACUUACCCUGAUCACGCUUUUGACAACUACGAGGGUGUGGUGCAGUACACCAUCACAAGCAUCACCCCACACACCACACUGUACGCCGUGGCCUGUCCCAUCUCACCAUACUGUGGGUUCAUUGAGAACGCCACUAUGACGUCACCACGGGAAGGCGCCGUGGUCCGAAUAUCAAGUAGGGACAAACGCUGGAGGCUUGCUAGGUGGUACAACAACACCGAAGACGUUAGGUAUUACAACCACAGCGCCACGUAUUAUGGUUUGAUAUGA